AUGCGAGAAGCGACGACCAACCUAGCCAGCGCUCUAAUGCAACUAUAUGAGAUUAUGGUUCUCCAGCUUCAAAGCGUGGACCAACUCUCUGACCUAUGCUCUCAAGCCUUAGCCAGAGAGGGGGAGAUAAGGUCCAACGCUGCUGCUGGACCAUAUGUUGAACCAACAACCAACGAAGCUGAAGCAGAGGUUGCUUGUGAUAUCCCAACCUCCGGUGAAGCUGCUAUAGAUGAGGAAUUUGAUGCCAUCCCUCGUGAUGAUGACCUUCCCAUCACCUCUGCACCUAUUGCGGGUGAUGUGGAAGAAGAAGUUGAUGAAGAAAACGAUGAUGAAAGUGAUGAACCUGAUCUUCCAGACUCCAACAAUGAUCUUGAUGGCGAUGACGACGAUGAUGAUGAAGAUGACUUCACCAUUCAGUUCCAGCGUCCAACAACCGCCACCAAAGGAGUUGCCCUCAGAUAUUCCACAUCCCAGGGGGGCAAAGGGAAGAAGAGUAUUGGCAUCCUCUCAAUCCCAUACGCACUCUCAUCAGGUGGCUGGCUAAGCCUGAUUGCCCUGAUCUUGAUCGCUCUCGCGGCCUACUUCACCGGAAUUUUGAUCCGUCGUUGCAUGGAAUCCAACCCUUUGGCCACCAGCUAUCCCGAUAUUGCUGGGAUCGCAUUUGGUCAAAAGGGAAGAAUUAUAGCAUUGCUUUUUACUUGUUUAGAGCUCUAUCUUGUUGCCACUGGUCUUCUGAUUCUUGAAGGUGACAACUUACACAAACUUUCUCCUACAUUUGGUUUGAAGAUUGGAAGCCUGGAAUUGGAUGGAAGGCACUCUUUUGUGAUUGUGGCAGGGCUAAUCAUCCUGCCAUCUAUGUGGCUAAAUGAUCUGAGCCUUCUCUCUUAUCUUUCCUUUGGUGGGGUGCUCUCCUCAUUGAUAGUGGUGGUUUGCGUUUUUUGUGUCGGCAUGUCGGGGGCUGGAUUUCAUAGCAAGGGGAGCCUUGUGAAUUUCAAGGGACUGCCAACAGCAGUUAGUUUAUACACAUUCUGCUAUGGAGCUCAUGCUAUGUUUCCUGCCCUUUACCUUUCUAUGAAACAGAAAAGCCAGUUUCCAUUAGUUCUACUUGUAAGUUUCAUGAUCUGCACAAUGACAUAUGUGGCAAUGGCCAUACUCGGUUACCUUAUAUAUGGAGACAAUGUGGAAUCACAAGUCACACUCAGCCUACCGACCGAGAAAACUAGUUCAAAGGUGGCAAUAUACACAAUUUUGGCCGCCCCCAUUGCAAAAUAUGCUUUAACCAUAAUGCCAAUUGCUACUGCUAUCGAAAACUACUUACCCGUUAAACACAGAGAUAAUAAGGUAAUCAACGCGGUGAUAAAGAUGUGUUUAUUGGCUAGUACAGUUAUAUUAGCUAUUGCAUUUCCAUCAUUCGAGUCUGUAACAUCUCUUAGCGGAGCAGCUCUUAUUGUUUCUGUUUCUUUCUUGCUCCCUUGCGCUUGUUACCUGAAGAUCUUUGAAGUGUACAAAAGUUUUGGUUUUGAACUUGUCGUGAUAGGGGGAUUAAUAGUGUUGGCUAUUCUAUUGGGAGUUGUUGGCAAUUCUGUUACAUUGUACUUUUCAUCGUCCCAUUUUUCUGAAAAAGCUUUUAGGUUUACUUGUUUUAUAAGAAGUCGCCAAAAUGAAUAUUGCACACGAUGGAUCCAGGCAUCACCUUAUGAAGUUUUGUAUGGCCGAAAGCGCAGAACGCCGUUGCGUUGGAAUGAAGUGGAUGAGAGGCAGUUAACUGGUCCAGAGUUUGUUCGG